GGAUUGCUAUUUUAUUUUUGUUUUUAAUUGUUUAUAAGAUUUUAAAAAUGAAAAUAAAAAUUAAAAACAAAAUUACAGUCAAAUAAAUCCUAGAAAAACACUUUUUAUUAGUAUUUAUUCAAGAUUAUUUAUCAUAUUGCUCUAAUUUUUCAUUUUAUUUUCUUUUAUUAUUAAAUCUGUGUCAAAUAUGUUAGAUUAUUAUAACUUAAUCUCAUAUUAAUAAGAAAAAAUUUAAGUAAAUUAUUUUAAACUAAGUGCUUUUUCAAUGAAAAUUCUUGAAGUUACAAAAAAUUUUAUUUUUUUUUAAUUUUAUUAUUUUAAACGGGGCUUUACAAUAAUUAUGAAACACUAUUUUAUUUUCAUGUUUUUAAAAUAAAAAAGAAAAGACAAGACAAAACUGCCCGCCCUUCCCAAUCUAUUCCACUCGAUGCCGGACGCACGCCCUGUGACCCUCUCAAGUUCCGGCCGUUCCCGCCGGCGGCUGUCCUCUCCGACACCGACACUUUGAAAUUCCUGGUCACUGCGAUUCUUCCCCAAACUUUCAAAUGCUUCAGAUCGCAGCAAAAGCAAAGAGAGCGUCUCUUUCUCGGUACAUACCACUAUUCUCUCUUGUCAAACCCACCGCCACCUUUGAUUCAUCGUCUAGCCUACACCAACAAUGCCAAUCCCCUUAUCACUCUGUUGCAUUGUCAGUCCGUAGCAGCGUUCUUUCUUCUGCUAAAUUCCGAGCCAAUCAGACCCAUUUUUCCUCGUUUGAUUAUGCGUCUGUCCUCCAGUCUUGUAUAGCUCGGAGAGCUAUCGAUCCGGGAAGGCAGCUCCACGCCCAGCUCUGCCUCACUGGCCUUGGAUACAAUACCAGUUUAGCCACCAAACUUAUUAAUUUAUACUGCGUUUGCGACUCUUUGUCGGAUGCCCGCCACCUGUUUGAUAGAAUUCCCAAGGACAAUAUCUUUCUUUGGAACGUUUUGAUUCGUGGGUAUGCGUGGAAUGGGCCUUAUGAGGUUGCGAUUUCUCUCUACUACCAAAUGCUAGAUUAUGGUAUAAUUCCUGAUAACUUCACGUUCCCGUUUGUCCUCAAGGCGUGCUCGGCGCUCUCUGCAAUUGGCGUGGGCAGGGACAUUCAUGAUAAUGUGAUACGAACUGGAUGGGAAAUGGACGUCUUUGUGGGUGCAGCUCUUAUUGAUAUGUAUGCAAAGUGUGGUUGUGUUGGUGAUUCUCGUCGAGUCUUCGAUAGGAUCCUAGAUCGAGAUGUAGUCCUGUGGAAUUCUAUGCUUGCUGCUUACUCCCAAAAUGGGUGCCCGGAGGAUUGCUUGUUGCUCUGUGGUGAGAUGGCAUCAGUAGGUGUAAGACCCACAGUUGCAACUCUUGUCACUGCCAUCUCGGCUUCUGCCGACAUUGCUGCCCUUCCCCAAGGGAGAGAACUUCAUGGAUAUAGUUGGAGACAUGGGUUUGAGAUCCAAGACAAAGUGAAGACAGCCUUUGUUGAUAUGUAUGCGAAAAGUGGUUCGUUAAAGGUUGCUCGAACUUUGUUUGAGCGGCUUGUGGAGAAAAGAAUUGUUUCUUGGAAUGCGAUGAUUACUGGGUAUGCAAUGCAUUGUCACACUGCCGAAGCACUUGAUUUGUUUGAGGAAAUGGUCAGAGAAGCUCGGCCAGAUCACAUAACUUUCGUUGGUGUUUUAUCAGCUUGCAACCAUGGAGGUUUGCUGGAUGAAGGACGAAAGUACUUUGAAGCAAUGAUAAGAGAUUACCAAAUUGAACCGACUGUUCAGCAUUAUACUUGCAUGGUUGAUCUCCUUGGCCAUUGCAGUCAGUUGGAUGAGGCUUACGAUCUUAUAAUGCAGAUGAGAAUGGCACCGGAUUCUGGCAUCUGGGGUGCUUUACUGAAUUCAUGCAAAAUACACGGAAACGUGGAAUUAGGGGAGAUUGCAUUAGAGAGGCUGAUUGAGCUUGAUCCUGAUGAUGCAGGCAAUUAUGUUAUUUUAUCCAACAUUUAUGCUCAAGCUGGGAGGUGGGAAGGGGUUGCAAAGCUAAGAAGACUGAUGAUAAAUAGGGGAAUAAAGAAAAGCAUUGCUUGUAGCUGGAUUGAAGUGAAAAACAAACUUCACACAUUUCUGUCUGGAGAUAAAUCUCACCCUAUGUCCGACGACAUAUAUGCAGAACUAGAAAGGUUGGGAGGCCGAAUGGCUGAGGCUGGCUAUGUGCCAAAUACUGCACCUGUUUUCCAUGAUGUAGAGGAUGACGAGAAGGCGGGAAUGGUGUGCAGUCACAGUGAACGUCUGGCAAUUGCAUUUGGACUUAUAAGCACACCCUCUGGGACCAAGCUUCUGAUAACCAAGAACCUCCGGGUUUGUGAAGACUGCCAUGUGGCGAUCAAGUUUAUAUCAAAAAUUACGCAAAGAGAAAUAAUCGUAAGAGAUGUCAACCGCUAUCAUCAUUUUAGGGAUGGCGUAUGUUCUUGUGGUGAUUAUUGGUGAGUGGAAUGAGUUGGCAAAUCAAGUUUGCUCCUUGUGAAAUUAGUAACCUUGCAAAUUAGACCAGUCCAAGAGCCAACCUGAAACACAUCAAGGAGGAUGACUCGGCAACAAAAUGACUGGAUCUUUGCAUGAAGAGAUGCAAAGAUCCUUGUCAAUACACAAUUUUGAUCUCUGUUUUUGACUCUUUGACUGGGUGAAUUUGGAGAGCCAUAUGGAUGGAAUGGAGUGAGUGAGCUGCUGGACGAUCUUGCCUGCCAAUUCUUCAUGGUAGAUUCUUUCCUCUCUUGUGCACAUACUAUGACAAGAGAAUGUAUGACAGUAAAUCUGGAACUAUAGGCUGAGCCAGCAGGGGAAGGGAAUUGAGAAGUUUGUAGAAAAUUUCUUCAUCUUUCUGUGCCUAGGAUGGUGUUGCAGGCCUCACACAUAGAGAUGUGUCUUUUGGCCCUCACAGUGGCUUCUCUUUUCUGUUGCAUUGUGGCUGUGGGAGAAAUGAAAGGACUCUCAGGCAGCUGGUUCGACCAGGCAACUGGGACAUUAUUAUUUCAACUUUAAUCAAUUUUGUGCCAUUGUGAAUGGAGCAUUAUCAGUGGCUAUCUUUAGCUCUGCACCACUCUCUCUUUUGCUGUCAUUUUUAGUAUUUUGUCUUCAUGUUCACUUGAAGAACCAGAAAGUGACAUUUGGUGAUUGUAUUAUUUUUUGAAAAGGAAAAAACAUAUUU